AUGCACAGCCUCAACCUUGUCGCCCAACAUGCAAGAGGGAGGGGGUGGCGGUGUCGCAUGAGGAUCGAAGAUGGACCAGAGUCUGUUGGCAUUACACUGUCAAAUGUGAAAAUUCUCCAGUGGGCACUUAAGCAGCUAGCUCAUCGUAUGACCACAGGUGGUCAGCUACCGCCCAUAGAAUUUCAGAUUCAGAUCCAGAACUUUUCGCAGGAUCUUGGCGCGUUCGCCUCCAAGCUGACCAAGUUUGAAGCUCUCGAAACCGACAGUCGCGCGCGGAAGCUUUGGAAGCGUCUCAAGGCUGUUUUAAGCGAGAAGGAUCUUGAGAGGAUGACGGAGGCAGUGGGGGUCUAUUCUUCAAGCCUCAACUUAUAUAUGACGUCCUUACCUGACUCGAACACUCAGCAUUUGGAAUUACUGCGGACAGAUCUGGCCAGGGCAGAUGUCCAGCGACAGCAACAGCUUUCUUCCAUUUCCACCUCCUUGGACCACGCCUCAACUACCAGUGAAUCAAUGCGGUCAAAACUAGACCAGGGACUGCAAUUAUUGGCUUCAAAUUUGAACGAUUCAAGGGCCCAGUCAGAAGCCAAUCAGCAAGAAACGAACCACAAAUUAUCUCUUGUCUGGGAUGCGAUCCAAUCUCUCGCGGCCAGAAUUGAGCCCGCAACUACGUUAAAGUCUCCCGUCGCUCCGCCCAUAGAAGAAAAAACUCCUGGCAGCAGCUCCCUACCUUAUGCUUCGCCUAGCACAUACAGUCGGACCAUGCUACCUCUCGAACACCAAGUUCCGGCGAUUAUGCUCGAAAAUGAGAAGAUUUUGGAUUGCAUCAAUCGUUUGUGUGGCAUGGUAAGCCAGUGUGAAGACACGUCGGAUGAAGAAACCGUCGAUAGCGUCAUCGAAGACCUGCAAACUAUCAUCCGGGCCGUGACGAGUCAGUCUAAGGAUCGUGUUAGUGUUAAAGAAAUGCAGCGUGUCAGUGGGUUAUUGGACUCUGCCCAAACUCUGUCUAUCAAUGGCCAAGCUCAGAGAGGUCCUUGGCCGAAUCAAGUUGCUCGACACGAGCAGCGGCUGGAAACGUACGAGAUUGGAAAUGGAACACUGAAAGUGCGCACAAAGCGCCGAUAUCUUCAGCAUCAUCCUGCAGAUGGUGGAUCAAUACGAAAGAGACAACGUAGCGGUAUCGGAUUCACUACUUCAAGACUCACGUUUCUACCAAAAGUCCGUGACGGCAUGAUGUUUUCGGCGAUUAUUCAGCAGCAAACUUCUCACACGGGAUCUUUCUCCCCAAUCCCUUUUUUCCAAGCAAAUUACAUCCGCCCACGAGACUCAUUAGUCUUCCAGCUCAUCGAAGAGGGGCGAUUGUCCGAGCUCAUAACUCUCCUACGAGAGGGCAAGGCAUCGCUGAGGGAUCAUGAUGAUUUGGGGAGGCCACUUCUUUGGACCUUUGGAGGAUUCGAUGAGAACAUUUCUUGA